CUGCCACCAAGGAUGAUCUCAACAUCUUUCUAAAAGCGUUAGGGUCUCAUGGCUGUCUCAGGAAUAAUGGGGUCAAUUUAGGAGGGGGAAUUAUUCCGGUCACUUGGGAGGAGGCAUUGUGAGGAAAUGCAAAUGAUCAAGUUCUUAAAGACUGGCUGAAAGAGGAAGGGUACUCUACAGUCCCGCUCUCACUUGGCAAAUCUGUUUUUCUCUCUGUUCAUGAUGAAGCUUUUUGGUGCUCUGAUCCUGUUUAUUACUCUGUCUGCAGCCUGUGGAUUAAGAUGCUACACAUGCACCGCCACCGACCCUAAAUCAUGCAUUGACACCAAAUCUUGUCCAGUCAUCUUCAACCGGUGUUUCUCUCUCAGAAUAGACGGUUAUACCAUGGUAACCAAGGGUUGCCAAAGCAGCAUAGCAUGUGGCGGUGCCAUGGCUUGCUGUGAAGGGAACUUGUGUAACAGUGCCCUCCCCACUGCUCCCUGUGUCAUCCUCCUGCUGGUCUCCUUGGCCUCCAUCUUUUUCUGAGGUUCUGGGACUUCGUUAUUUCUAUGCUUUUCCUGAUCCAACUGAAGAAGAAUAAGCAAUUAUUAUAUUUACAUGCUCUUCCAAACCUCUAUUUCUAACACAAUAAGAUUGUCUUAUGUUUAAAUCAAACUAAUGAUGUUGUCCCUCGGCCGGAUAUUAAAUUGGCCAUAUACUGUUUGAAGACGGUUGGUUUCAAAACUGUUGUAAUGAUAUGUUUAGAAGAUGGUUUCUUGGUGUGUUUUUCGUUGAUAAUCAAAUCCAAUAGUUAGUUGAUAAUGUGUUUGUUUUUUUUACCAUUAAGUCUCCUUAUAUAUAUUGUGUGAGACAAAUAGAUCACAUUUUAUAAAGAAGAACAGAGAAAAAAGACAUACAGUAUAUAUGUGUGUGUGUGUGUGUGUGUGUGUGUGUGUGUGUGUGUGUGUGUGUGUGUGUGUGUGUGUUAUAUUUUAUGAAAUGUGAUUGAGCAUGAUUAGAGGGACUCCUCUCUGUAAUUGUUGUUAUUAUAAAAAUAAAGAGCUU